AUGGUGAUAUGCGGAUUGCUUUUGGUGCAUUCUGAUUGUGCGCCACUCAACCAUUCCCUGUCUUCAAACAACAACUCUCAUGUUCCAUCAUAUCUUGAUGCGUUCAAAGAGCUUAUAGCUCAACAUGUCUACGGUACCAAUGACAAUCACAAUCCCUCUGAUUCAACCAAGAACGAUGAUAUUUUCGAUUUGAAUAGUUCUAGAGAAUUCUUGCGAGCUAAAAGAAAUGCUCCACCUCCCGACAAGCUGAAAGAACUCAUCGACAAAUCGUCAAGUCUCGCUCGGAUUUCCAAUGGAAUCGCCCUCCAAUCUGGUCUCAUGGAUGGAACCAUCAAGAUAGAGGAUGCAGUCGGGGAAUUGCUCAAUUUAGGAACACUCAAGGUCUCGGAUGUCGUUGGAUUCGAAAUGGAUCCUGUGAAACAGUUGACGGGAAAACUAAAAGGAUUGCCGACCAAUCUGGACAAAUCUGUUGAAAAGUUGGAAAAAGUUGGAUUGGAAUGGAAAACGUUAGAGGAGAUGUCAAGGACAGUUGGUGAUGUGACAAAGCUAACCAAACCGGAGGAGUACUUCACGUCACUCAAAGACUAUGAAAAGAAGUUCAAUUUUGAUCUAUUCACAGAACCGAUCAAUAAAGUGGUAAACAUUCUGUCGAAAUUGGAAGGGAUAGAAAAACUAAAAAUCGAUGAAAAAACGGACAUAACCAAGCUGGAGACGGCUCAUCUGAAUUAUUUCAUUGGACUUCCCGGAAGUUUCAGAGAAGCAAUCGAUGAGCUUACUACUGUAAAAAAUACGCCCAACCUGUUCUCUGGAGUUGCCUUCAUCAUGGAUAGCUCAAAGACAUUCGCACCAUUUGGAGAAAUGGCAAAACUAAUUGAUUUUCGUCUGGACAAGUUGGAUGACCGACCGUCAUAUGAAACAGUAGAGAUUGUCAAGAAAAACUUCAAACAAUUGGAAGAUCUUGCUCCAAUGUUCUCCACGCCGCAUCUGAAAGUUUUGAACGAUGUCAUCGCAGCUAGAACUCGUCGUGAGCCUGUCAAACGGACAGUUACAACUGGAUUCGUGAAUGGAGCUUCUGAUCUGAAACAACUCGGAAAUGAUGUUAGAGAUUCAUGGAUUGUGUCGUUGUCUAAUAAUCUUGUGUCAUUGAAACGAUUAGAAAAUGGUCUGACACCUGUUCUGGAUAUCAAGAGACAGUUAGCUCCGGCAGAUGAAGCGUUGCUUAGUAUUUCCUCGGGAGAAUCUUCGAUGUUUUAUCUUGACAGUAUACAAAAGGAUGCGUCAACUUCAGUAAAAGACUCUUCUAAGUUGGCUGAAGUCUUCAACGAAUACGAAAAGUGUCGAAUGCUUCAUGCUCCAAUAGUAAAAGCCAGUUCAAUUCCAAGCCAACAACUUAUCGCUAAAAUUCUAAGCGUGGAAAAAAUGUUCCGGAACUUGAAAGCAGGUGUCCAAAAAAUUGACACUACGAAAGUUAAGUCAGAAAUGGAUGCGUUUAUCAAGUUUCUGGGAUUUACCAAUAUCAAAGAUACCACCAAAUCAUCACCACAACUUCCCGAUGUGUUAAAAAAAAUCAAAACAACGGAUAAUUUGAAGAAAUUCAAAGAGUUUAUAGCUUGUGUGAAAAGCGGACUGGACGUUGAUCCAGCAGAGCUUAAAAAUAUCACGGCUGAUAUCAUUGCCAAAAAAGAUACAUUGACGUUUGUUGGAUUAGAACAAGAAGCAAACAUGCACAAAUGUCUCCAUGACUUAAAAGAAGACUUAUCGAAACUUGCUCAGAUGAUUCAGCUGACUCAAAAACUUCGGAGCCUGGAUUCUAAAAAAAUCCAGAAGGUGGAAAACGCAGCGUCAUCACUGGGAACUGCUACUAAUGAGUUGAAAUCAGUUAAUUCAAUUCCGGAUUCGAUGAUGAAGGAUGCUAAAGAGAUCACAACGGAAAUCAACAAAUGGCCUGAAUCUCUGAAGUCAUCUGGAGAAAUCGGGCAGUCUGUGGCUCUGUUGUCCCACGCCAAUGAUUUUAAAACGUUGGUGUUAUCUGGAGAGCUUGAUAAGUUUGAUGCGCCCGUUCAGACACAGAUUACGGCCAUGAAGAAGGGCAAAGAGCAGGACACGAUCAAAACUCUAUGGGGAGACCAUAACAAGUUUGUGACCGAUCUUCAAGCAUCCAGCAAUCAGAUACAGUCAAUUGGUACGAGUCUGAAGUUGGCUGAGAUCAAGAAUUUCGAAGAUUACGGUACCGUAAUGAAGACGAGUCUCGAGGCGAUGAAAGAUGUGACGAUCGAUGUGAAGAAUAAGGUUGAGGCAUUGGAUACUCUCAUUUCAUUGCCAAAGGCACCUGCCGAGUUGGAGAAGAUCAAGAAGACGUUGCAACACUUGGGCUCGUUGGAUCUCACAUUCUCGAGUCACUCCUCCCAUUUCCAGAAGGUUCCAAAUGCUCUCAAGUCUCUCUACGAUUUCUUGGUCAAGUUUUCGAUCGAACCGACACAAGCUCCGCCUCCCCGGUCUGGGAAUGCACCACUGACAGGGCGAUCACCGGUCUAUUCUGGAUCAAACGGAGGAUCGAGUGGCGGCAAUGAUGAAGAUCGGGAGUCGCUGGAGAGAGAAGGAUUGCAAGAACGAAUCGGCCUCGGAGUUGUCAUUGGUGUUCUUCUCCUGCUAUUUAUCAUCUUAACAGGCUAUAAGUAUUUCACGAAACGUUUCAUCAAAAAACAACUGAGAGAAUGGAUCAAAGCACAACGAUAUCCGAGUGCGCCGACUGCUCAUCGACAUCACGACACAUGUCUGAAGACGAUCGUCAUCGAGACGGAGAAGUUUCGAGAGGAGAUGCAGAAGCAAUCGCAUGACUAUCUGCCAGAACGAAAGCAUCGAAAUCCCGGAAUUCUGUGUAACCCGGAGACUGCACUGCACAAACUGAAGAAGGACGGAGAGAAGAUGCCGAUUCACGCGAAUUUAGUCAAGUCGAAAAAUGGGAAGAGGUUUAUCGCUUGUCAGGCGCCAACCGACAAAUCCAAGGAUCACGACGACACGACAGAAGACUUUUGGCACAUGGUCGUAAAAGAGCGCUGUGACAAUGUGGUGAUGCUGUGCCAAUGCGUGGAGAGCAAAUCGAUCAAGUCGGCACAAUACUAUCCGGUUGCGGUUAACAAACCGAAAACGUGCGGAAGAUAUGAGAUCUCGCUGCUCGCCGAGCCAGGAAUCUUCAUGGAAUUCAAGGAUAUCAUUGUUCGACGAAUGCUGAUCAGGGAUACGACUAACAAACUCCGAAAACGCACCAUCAAUCACUACCAACACGUCGGCUGGGGUGAUCAAAAGUGUCCGCCGAAAGGAAAACACGAGGCUCUGUAUCAGUUGAUGAAGAAACUCGAAAGCAAAUGGAUCCCAGCACGUUUCCAAAGCCCAGUGGUGGUUCACUGCUCGAGCGGAAUCGGCCGUACAAUGACAUUCAUCGGAAUCCAUACUGUCUCGCAAGACGUGAUCCAUGAUGCGUCUGGCCCGUGGACCAAUCGACUUAACCUCUUGAGAGAAGCUCGUUGGCACGCCAUCCAAACCACCCGCCAAUCGUAUUGGCUUCAAAUGGCUGUUGCUCAUAAGCUGAAUUGGGAUUACAAGUUGGGAAUGGAUGAGGACUUGAAGGAACAACAGGCGAUGUUCUACGCGAUGGCGUUCCAGGAACAAGUGACACCCGAACUUGCGGCAGAAAGACAAAUGGAAAAGGAUAAGAAGGCGGAAGCGGCAGCGAAAGGACAGAAGUAUAAUACCACUCAGAAGGCGAGUCCCAUUCUUGGACAAGUCGUUUUGUAUUAG